AUGGCACCGCAAACCAAGACGGCACAGUCUGUCCCGAGGACGCCCAAGAAGUCGAAACAAAACGAGCGAGUGAACGAGACCAUCGAGAAGCUGAAUCGCGACUAUAACCUUGCUAUCGAAAUCCCCGAUGUCACCCUCACACCCCUCAAGAUCUCGAACCGCCGCAAACACGAUCCUGCCUUUGCCCGCAGUAGCAAGAUCGUCAGCGACAUCACAUACCAUUGCCGUCAGCCCAGCCCGAUGAUUGAUAAGAUAUUGCACUCUUUCCACAUGGAAGCUCGUGCCGCAAGCCAGAAAUGGAUCCGCUUGACCGAUUGCUAUGACGAAUCUGGCCCAGCAACACCACAGCCACCCAAGGCUGCGUCCCCAGGCGAGGUGCUGGACCUGCAAGAAGUACUGCUUAGCGUCCUCGAGCGCGCGGACCCCAAUGAAAGGCCAAGGACAUUUGCACGCGCCAAAAGCGUUCCAGCCGUCUACCCUUCUAUCGAGGGUCCGAAACCCAAGAAAAGACCGCAGGAUGAUGGCAAGAAGGACUCACCGAAGAGAGUCAAGGCCAGCCCUCCAGACGGCGAAGAUGUCGACGAAGUCAUUGCCGAUGCUCUCGACAAGGUCCCAAGCCGUUCGAGAUCCGCCAAGCCCAAGUUGCUCUCAGCCCAAUUCUCGACGAUCAACCAGGCUAGCCAGAGACAUCCAACAUCCUUCAUCCCACCCCGUACCCUUCAAUCAAUGCGGCAAAGUGUUUACGGCAAUCCUUCAUUUGCAGGCCCUUCAUUUGCAACGUCGGCCAGUACCAGUCACGCUUCGAUCUUUUCCGUUGCGAAAGGGCCACUUCCAAGCACUCAGGACACAGUACCGGCCCCAAGCGCCGAGACAAAGAGAAGAUUCGCGCCUUCGCAGGAGCCCAAGUCGUCCCAGUCGCAAGACCUCUUCCCGGCAUCUUCGGGCCAUCUUGAUGCCCUCAACGUAUCUUUCACUGAGCACGAAGCAGAAACUUCUUCGAGACUUUAUACCCAUCCUCCAGGCCUCACUCAACCUCUAGGCUACGUACCAACGCCGGCUGGCGGCAGCUCUCCUGGCCUGACCACCAUCUAUUCAGAGAUCUCAGGCAUUGAUGAUUCGGCACUGUAUCAGCCUAUAUCGAGUCCACUCAAGCGAUCCGAGCCGGUACUUCUUCUAUCGCGGCUCGACGCUACCUGGCCCAGAUUUCCGGCCUGGCUCAAUCGGGCUCCCUUCGCCAUUGCGUGGGAGAUCACACGUAUUGCUCUUCACUGCGGCGUCGAUCUUGGCGAGGUGGUCAUGAAAUAUGACGAGGCUUGGAUCAAUUAUAGCAAUCUGUGGAAGACACUCCUAGCACAUCCUUCUUUUGCCGGCAAGGCAUUUCCCGAGCGACCUACCAAUGAUGCUUGGACUGCGGGUUUGAGCGGAUUCAAGUCUCCUCGCGGUCAGCACGUUACUUUUACAGCCUCUCUCAGCCAGUCUAAGAAGAAAUCAGGCCCGAUGUUUUCUCUAACGAUGAAUCCGAUCGCUCUAGACCAAGGCUGCCGUCUACACCGCCACUUUGGCUCUGAUCGCUUCUUGGAGCUCGUGAUUCCUUCACCAAACUCGUGGGAAAAGCCGAUCAGUAGUCCUGAGGUGUCGCAGGAGGUCGUCAGCUGGUUUACCUCAAGGCUCCACUAUCUCGCCGGCAGGCUGUGGCGAGCCUUUUACGCCAGAGAUGCCGGGCACAAGAAGCCUCAGACCAACGUGAGCCUUGGCCCCGACCCGAAGCCCGUCUUCCAAGAAAGACUGAGUCUAUUCGCGGAGAAUGGAAACAACUUUCAUGCAGCUCUUCCAAUUGGCGCCGGGUCCCUGGAUAACCCCCGCGAGCUAAGGGUCAAGUUGGAAGUCCGGGACAUGCUGGACUGGCUUUUGCAACUGGACAGCAACGUCUCCCAACCAUAUCUGAAGCUGUUUGCUCGUAUUCAGCUCGGACUCAGUAAGACGACUCCGGUGGUCGUCCUUGACAGGACCCAGAUACGACACCAGGACGAAGACAUGUUGUCGCCCACAGGCAAAGUCAUGAAUGAUGGCAUCGGACGCAUGUCGCGGCUACUUGCGCGAAAGAUCAAAGAUGUCUUGGGCCUUGCUGACGUCCCUUCCGCCAUACAGGGACGAUUAGGCCCGGCCAAAGGCAUGUGGAUUAUAGAUGUUCAAGACACGGUAGACGAUCUUUGGAUAGAAACUUGGCCAUCUCAACGGAAAUGGAUCUGCGACUUCCUUGAUCCAGAACAUCGAACCCUUGAAGUCCGAGCUCACGCCGUAGAGCCCCGGUCCGCAAGUCUGAAUGUGCAGUUCUUGCCUGUUCUUGAAGACCGUGCCAUCGACAAACGCGCCAUGAGGCAGGCUAUUGCAGAUAACCUUGUGGAUGAACUCAACCGCGAACUGGAGGGCCAGAAAAGCGCCAUGAAGUACCCGGUGCAAUUCCGACUGUGGGUCAACGAAAACUCGCUGAGCAGAAGGCAGCGCCUCGCCAACAACCGGGUGCCCUUUUUAGCUGGCCUGCCUGACUCAUCCGAAGAGACGAUGAACGUUUUGAUCGAUGGUGGCUUCGAGCCUUCACAGCAAAAGUAUUUGCAAGACAUAGCAUGGAACCUUCGACGGACAAAAUGCGAGAAUCUGAAGAAGAAGAUGAGCAUCAAAAUCCCCAACUCGGCUUACUUCUUCAUGGUGGUUGACUUUUCGGGCAUCCUGGAAGAGAACGAAGUGCACCUGUGCUUUUCGUCCAAGUUCCAAACCGAAUCCUUUUCUGAUUCCAUGCUUCAUGCAUGUGACGUCCUCGUUGCACGCUCUCCGGCGCACUUUGUGAGUGACGUCCAGCGAGUCAAAGCAGUGUUCAAGCCAGAGCUGCAUGCGCUGAAGGACGUCAUCGUCUUCUCGGCGAAAGGGAAUGUCCCGCUCGCCGAUAAGCUAUCGGGCGGCGACUAUGACGGAGACAAAGCUUGGGUUUGCUGGGAGCCUUCUAUCGUCUCCAACUUCAAGAAUCACGACGUGCCGCCGAGCCCGGACUUGUCCAAGUAUCUCAGAAAAGACAAGUAG